UUGAAGGAUUAAGAAGAACUUCCUUGAACCUAUAGCGUAGAGAAGUCAUUGCGCCACUACCACUGAAAUGUCUUUGCAACUGAGCCGCUUGUCCAGCGUGUACGGCGCAGCCCUCGAUGGGCGCACAGCGAGUGUCCGAUUCCAGCAGAGCCAACUGAUCGCUCUCCAUGCGAAACUGCAGCAGCUCCAGGCUGAGGCCAGCAAAGCCAUUCUGUCUGACCGCAGGGUGACAGCUGCUGAAGCAGAGGUCGAGUGCGCAACGACGACCCUUGCUGUAAAGCAAUACUACGAGUCAAUCGACUUCGAUCAAUGCUUGAAGAAGGAAUACAAACUUGCUGAGGGGCAGAACUCACCUGACCGUCGCGUCGGAUUUGGCGUAGUUUUGAUUCGUCCUGCUGAGCAUACGCGCUGGUAUUCCGUCGUCGUCGCCGCCGCCGCUGCCAUUGCUGCUGGCAACACGUUUGCAAUCGAGAUCAGCAACUUUGCGGUUGAUCGUCUUCUCCCUAUCCUCUUCACGUGCCUGGACGCAGAGACAUACGCCUUGAUUGACAGCCAGCCAACCGAGGCGGAGAAGGGCCAGGUAGCUCUCGUGGUAGACCAGACAGGAGAACUUUCCUUAGCAAAAUGUCUGUCGUCAAAUCCGCAAUUACGCUCGGUCGCUGUCGUCGACCGGACUGCCAAUGUCGAGCAGGCUGCAAGCGCAAUUGUCGCAGCACAUGUCUUAUAUCGGGGCGCUUCACCCCACGCACCAGACUUGAUCCUUGUCAAUGAAUGGGUCAAGAAGAAGCUUGUCGACGCAUGUAUUCGCCUAGCUCCUGAUAACUCGCGACGUGAACGUAUUACAGGAGAUGACAAGUUGCGCCAAACUGUCACUGACGCUGAACGCUCGGGAGAAGCUUCUGUCAUCGGGACUACGAGCCUGAUGCUGGUUGAUAUACGAGACCGGCGUGCGUCAGUUGUCAAAGCCAGAUCACGCGGGUCGUACCUGCCAAUUGUCACAGUAACAAGUCUCGUCGACGCCGUUGUGGCAUUAGAAGGCUCGGAAUACCUGGUCGCGUACCACUUCGCAGAGCCCGCCGCAGCAAAAUUCCUCAGCCAGCAAAUCAACAGCCGAGUGACGCUUGCCAACCAUAUCCCAUCGGAGCUAUUAAGUUAGUUAUCAUCACGACUGAAGUGCUGUGAGCUAAUAUAGACAGUUGGACCUGCCAUUCCGUUUCACCAUGGCCAACCCUCCCCAUCUCCCAUACUGCGAUAUAGCACGGAAAUGCUCUCCCGGCCACGGCCAGAGUACAUACGGGAAACAAACAAGUCUAAUAUGAAUGUGCAAGAACUGAAGGAGUUGGAUCGCGCGGCGUUGGAUCGCCUGCAGGUCGAGGCCGCACGGCCCUUGCGGCCUACAGGCCAGGGUCCCGGAACCGCGAUAGGCUUUUUCGAACAAGGUAUCCUUGUUGGAGCCGUGUUUAUUGUGCUUCCCGUGAUUUCAAUUAUUGGCUAUGGGAGCUGGUAUACAAUUCGUUCGGCCCUAUCCUGGAAAUGAUGAUACUGAGAGAGGGGGUGGAAGGGGUGCUGGGAGGGGCUGCACAAUGUAUUUAUCAAACAGUGACAAUCGCAAUUUCCAUUUGGACCG